GAACCAAAGCAAAGAAACAAUCAAUCAACCAACCAAUCAGGCAAACAACACAAAAGAACAGAUCACAAUAGAACAGAACAGAACCAUCGUCUGUACAAGAAAAGAAAGCCACCGUGAUGUUUCGUCGAAGCACUCUUCCUAUUCUAGCACUCGCAAUUUCCGGCACGCCUCUGUGGCUAGACAGGUUGCACGCGUUUGCGUGGGCAUUGGUAGUCCACGGGGGAGCACUUUCCAGGCAUGCUAGCUCGCCGGUCCCAGCGGUUGCGGUUUGGCCCCCGAUCGGCGGGAAUGCCAACGCCAAUGUCCACGCCCACCGAAAGGGUCGUUCAAGGAUGUGCAACAGAAGCAGCAACAGAUGCGGCAACGGCAACGCCGGCCCCCUUCAUUCCUCGGUGGCAUCGCCCUACAGGGACGUGGGGGGCAGCGUGGAAGACGGCAGCGAAGGCCAAAGCGAAAAGGAUGCCCCCGGCGAACAGGAAUCCUUGUUCCAGAGCCGGGAAAAGGACCCCGGGGCCCAGGGGGAGGCCCUCUCCGAGCUCUGCUUGCUCCUGGGGGCGGAGCGGGGGGGCCUCCUGCGCCUGGGGGCCGACAAAACCACCGGGCUCAGGGGCCUGUACCUGGGCCGCUCGGUCCGGAGCGGAGCCGCCCUGCUGGAGGUCCCCCUGUCGUCCUGCCUGAGGGACGACGCCCCGCCGUCCUGGCUUCCCGAGGCCGCGAGGAAGGACCCGCACGCCUGGGCCACCCGGCUGGCGGCCGGCCUGGCCGAUCUCGCGCUGCGAAAUCCCGCGGAACGAACCCAAGACGAAGAGAGAACCGAGCGCGAACGCGAGCGCGAAACCAAAGCCCCCCAAGGCGAGACCGAAAGGGCACAGAAACUGUGGUGGUCCCUGCUCCCGGACCAGGAGCACCUCGGUGCCUCCCUCCCGGUCCACUGGCUGGAGGCGACCGUCCUCAGCGCCAGGUCCACCGCCCUGGAGAUCGCCGUCGACUCGGCCUUUUUUGCCCGCGCCGAGGCAGUGGACGACCUGGUAAAGGGACUGGAGCAAUCCCCCUACGCGGAGCGAUGGAAGGGCAGCGGCAGCGGCACGAGCAGCGGAACGAGCGCGAAAGAGCUCGCCCACCACGUCCUCGACCUGGUGCAGACCCGGUCGUGCCGGCUGGAAGAGGGGGGAGGCAGUGGGGAGGACCUCGGCCGCGCCCUGGUCCCGGUCUUUGACUUUCUCAACCACGGAUCGAGAAGGGCCGGGGACGCCAAUGCGUCGUUUUCGGUGGAGGAGGGAGGAAGCAACCGCGGAAAGCGCCUCGUCGUCCGCGCGACAAAAGACAUUGCGGAGGGCAGCGAGGCCAGGAUCGACUACGGGGCCAGCGCCCGGCCCGCGUGGAGGUGCCUCCACUCGUACGGCUUUGUGUCGGACUACAAGCGGACGGUCCCGGCCAAGGAGGGGGAGACCGGCCAACGCAACGACAGAGACAACAACAGCAACAACAACGGACGCGAACGCGACGAGGACGCGCCGGACAACCUCGCGGAGGUCUACAUGAAGGGCGUGCGGUACGAGGUGACGGACGAUUCCAUACCGGCGGACAUGGUGGCCGAUGCCUCGCCGCUGGAAUGGGUGGGUGUGGACGCGGACGGCCUGGCGGUCGGGGAGGCCCCCUCCCCGCCCGUCAUCGUCCUGACCCCCACCAUUGCCUCGAGGAUCGCGGACCGCAUCGCCGACGCCGCCUACUACCUGCUGCUGGAGCCGGAGCAGAUCCUGGACGGCGACGAAGGUUCGUCGAUACCGCCGACGCCCUUUGAGGUAAUCUCGCACCAGCUCGCGGCGAGGCUGCGGUGGACCCAGCACCGGAUACUCCUGAGCUGCGCCGCCGGCCUGACGCAGUUUGCCAAGGAGGAGGAAUCCAGGUUUCGGUAGCCAGCCGCGUGUUGCGGGCCGGUUCGAUUUUACUUUAUUGGAUUGGUUUCGAUUCGAUUCGAUUGGAUUCGAUUCGAUUCGAUCCCCCCGUUCGCGCUAGGAAAAACACACAC